UACUGGUUAAUAAUAAUAUAAUCUGUAUGAAUUAAUAAUAAUUAGAAUAUAAAAUUAAUAAUAUAAAAUAGGGAAACAAAGACUUUAUAUUUUGAGAAUAGUUUCAAUUUGUUUGCAUCAAAAUGAGUUUCAAUAAAGUAAAAGAAUUCAUUGAAGAAGGGGAUGUGAUAAUUUUAUAUUUAGGGCAUAACAAUAUGCAUUCUUUAGAAAUAAAAGCAAAAAUUCCCAAUAAAAAUGGUGAAAUGGUUGACAAUGUUUUUCAAACAAAAUAUGGAGCGCUUAAAGUAUUUUCUCUUGUGGGACACAAGUACGGAACUAAAAAAAAACUUUCUCGAGGAUGGGCAUAUGUGCUACAACCAACACCAGAACUUUGGACAUUAACAGUUCCUCAUAGGACACAAAUUAUUUAUAGUCCUGACAUAAGUUUGAUUUUACAUUUAAUGGAUUUAGUACCAGGAAGUAUAGUUAUUGAAACAGGUACUGGAAGUGGAUCUCUUUCUCAUGCUCUUAUUCGUGUGAUUCGCCCUCAUGGUCAUCUUUUUACAUUUGAUUUUCAUGAGCAACGUGUAAAUAUUGCUCAAGCAGAAUUUGAGAAGCAUGGACUUAGUAAAUUUGUAUCUUCAAGUUGUAAAGAUGUUUGCAUCGAAGGAUUUGGAAAAGAAUUAGAGACAAAAGCAGAUGCAAUUUUUUUAGAUCUUCCACAUCCAUGGUUAGCAAUAGAUUAUGCAGUGUCUACUUUAAAAAAAUCAGGUGGAAAAUUAUGUUCUUUCUCUCCUUGUAUUGAGCAGGUUCAACGUACUUGUGCAAAAUUAAUAUCAAAAGGAUUCAUUGAAUUAAACACUUACGAAUGUUUACAAAGAGAAGUUCAUGUACAAUAUAAAAAUCUUCCUAUAUUGAAUUUAGAAUGCUUACAAUAUGAGAAUGUAGACAAAGAUAUGGCACAAGAAAGUGAAAAUGAAAAACAAGAAGUAAAACUGCUUACUGCAAUGCAUGCUCGUUCUUUACCUGGUCAUACAGGAUUCAUUACAAUUGCUACAUUACCUCCAUUUCAUUUUGCUGGGAUUCCAAGAUAAAUAAUCGACUCGUGUGGCUGCCUGAUAUUCUUUUACCAAAUAUUCGACGACUUCUCUAGAAUUAUCUAAUUCAUCCAAAUUGUCUUCAAACAUUUUUUCUUUACGGAAUUGUUCUAAAAAUGCUUCUCGUUUUCGUAAUUUAUCAUACUGUUGUAAGGCACGGUCAAAUAACUGAAAUAUGUAUUUAUGAACAUAUUACAUAUCUGAUAACAA